UUUCAGUCAGGACCCCGUGGGCUCGGUGCGGUAUUGAUGUUGGGUUCAGGAAUUACGUCACCUUCGUCGGUUCCAUCUGAUUCAUCCGUAGCCAUUUGGGCUCAAGUUGGGGUAGCCGUGCCGUUUCAGCCCGCAUGGAAGCAGGAGGGGCGAGUAAGUAGCCAUGUCGACUACAAAGGCCGACCGGCCACUUCCAUGGCGCUUGGUGGCGGUGAUGUGCCUCUGCGACGGGGCGCACUAUUAUGCGAUGUGCUCUCUCUUCAGCUACGGGGGCAUCAUGAGUGCGGACCUCGGCUGGGUCGAGGACAGGGACGCUGCGGGCUUCGUUGCAGGCCUCUUGGGGUCAGCCGGCAUGCUAGGCCGCACCCUCACGUCGCCUGUCUGGGGCCUCGUCCCGGCACGCUGCGGCUACAGAAUGGCCGUGUUGCCCACGCUGGGGUCCAUUGCGAUUGGUGGCCUCUUGUUCGGCCUGUCCACGGACUUUUGGGCGGCGAUGGCCGUCCGGACGCUCCUUUUCGGUGCUGGGAACGGCUGGGUCACGAUGAUGGCUCCGCUCGCUGCCGAGGUUGCGGGUGCGGAGCGACAGACCGAGGUGAUGGGCAUCGUUAUGGGAGCCGGUUCAUUCACGCAGCUGUUCGGUCCAGCGGUGGGAGGCUGGACAUACAGAUUGUGGUCGGCCUUUCCUGCAGCCGUGCCAAGCUUUAUUGGCAUGGCCUACGCGCUCAUCGCGUUCUGUUUGUGUUGUUUUUGGGUGCCGUCUCGCUUGGGCAUCUGCUCCACGCAAUACUCGGCUCCGGAGGGCGAGGCGGAUGGGUCACCCUCGAAGACUGGGCCAGACAAAAGGAGGGCAUACAAGUUGCUGUUUGUCUGGCCAAUGCCUCUCAUUGUCUUCAUGCGCUUCCUGCACGGCGUGCAGACCAUGGGUCUCAUGGACCUCGUACCUCUCUGGGCCAUUUCCUCAAGGCCGAUGGGUGGUCUGGCGAUUUCGGAGCGUGAGGUCGGCUCGUUCCUGGCGCGCUCCGCCGUGUGGAACAUCCUGUUCUUCAUGGUCAUCAUGCCUCGGGGCAGCAAGCAGCUCGGCACCCGCCGCUUCGCCAUGCUGGCCAGCGCGACCGCCGCAGCCUGCUGCGCGGCCCUCCCGGCGAUGCAGCACGUGGCAGCCGCGAACGCGGUGCAGAUGAUCGGCAUGGCGGCUUCCAUCUCCACGGGCGCGAUGGGCGCGGUCUGCACCAACAACGCGGUCCCUGUCGCGCGGCGCUCGGAGGUCAACGGCCUCGUCGUCAUCUUCGAGACGUCUGGGAAGGUGCUCGGACCCGCGUGUGCGGCCGCCAUCUUCGCGCGGACCCUGCGAGAGUGGGGGCGCUCUGGCCACAGCGUGGUGUUCUUCGGCCUGGCCGGUUUGCACACGCUCUAUUUUGUCGCGGCUGCUUGCCUCCCGGCUUCGGUCGAGUGUGCGUUGGUUCGGCAGGGCGCGGUUCCAGAAGAGCUGCCGACUCCAGAAGUCGUAGGGUCCGCGGCUGGUGCGGACACGCUGGAUCACGAUGCAGAGGGUCGUAAUGUUUCGAAGUUGCCGAAGCAAGGCACUUCUGCCACUUCGCGGGGAAACUCCAUCGAGGACUUCGGCACCGUGGGACAGCCCCUAGAAGUUGUGGAAGCCGAUCGGCCAGUUGCCUUGGAUGCCUACUAUGGAUCCUAGUCCGUAGUGGUCUAAAUUUUCCGAUCCUUUGGAGAGCAUGGUUCCCUAAUCCAAUUUUCCACGGGCGCCCUCGUAGGCGCAAAGUUAAUCGCGCUUCGCGAUUCGGUUCCGAUUCCUCUCAUCCUCCUCUUCUCCACUGGGGGGCGGCGCAAGACCGCGAAGUUUUUCGCGCUUCGCGCAGCGCGAAGCGCGAAGUUAGGCGCCUUUGUUUUCACUCAUCAGAACUGUGUCUCGUAACGCUCGCCACAGCUCAGCCUCGGGCAGUUGUACAGAUCAGUCGCGGCCGCGCGAGACAGGGCCGCCCUCAGAGCGCGUCUCUGCUUACUGGUCAGUGGAAAUACCCGCACCACCCUCCUCAUCCCCCCUCCUCCUCCUCCUCCUCCUCCUCC